AUGAAAUUGUUUUUAUUAGUUGAAUUUGUGCUUUUGGCGGGGCCGGAGCUGGCUUUCCCGCCGCUUUCCCUGCGGAGUCCGUGCGCAGCCGCAGUGCGCGUGGCGCUGCCGUCGGGCGUGCUGCAGCUGGACCCGCUGGGCCGGCCCGUCCACUUAGCCUCUCCCGGGCUAAUUUGGUCUUUUCCAACUUCUUCAGACGUUGGAGUCCGCGCGGCUGUCCUCCCGAAGGCCCCUUCAGCGCCGCUGGCCGCGACCUUCGAGCCCAACUUGCACUACGGCACUUUGCAGAUGAAGGACGGCACUCUCUUGGGCCGCCCGCCGCCCCAGCUGCCCCCCCAAGCCGCUCCAGUCGACCCCUCCCAGGGCGUCAGCCGCAGCGGCUCGCAGCUGGGGGCGCUGCUGAGCAGCCUCAGGCGCCGCGGACUCAGUGCUGCGGAGCUGCCAAGUUUGAGUCUUCCACUUUUAAAUCUGAAGCUUCCUUGGGCCUUGAAGGUUUACUUCAGCAAAGCCCGCAGGCCAAACGGGCCCAGGCCGCAGCGCCCGCCCCCCCCGAAGACACCUGCGACCGCGACUGUGGGAGCCCGAGUGUAUGUACAGCUCUUACCUGGGGCAGUGCGAGCCCUCCCAACUCAGGGGUACACGGGGGGCUACCGGGACUCUGGGGAGUUGAAGGAAAUGGGCCUCGAAGGCCGAGAGGCUCUUUCGAAGGCCUGGGGCCUCGAGUGGCCCUGCCUGUCGGACUUCACGCAGCAAUCCUGCACUCAAGACUUCCUCGCAGCCCCCUGCCCGCUGGGCUGGCGAAACCUGAUGGACUCUGCGCUUUGCGAAGCUCCCGAGGGUGAGUUUGCAAUUCGAAAAUGCGGCUAA